CAUGACGACGACUUUCCACGUGAACUUGUUCGACUCUCUCCUAGAGACUCGGGGUGCGCCUGGCGGCAACAAAGCGGGGGUAGUGCAUGUGACUGAUGGGUUUCCGCCCGAUGAUGUCAUGCAAGCAGUGGCGAAAGAAGUAGGGUACUCGGAGACGGCGUUCGUUUGGCGGCAAUAUCUCCACGACGACAACUGCAUCCACGUCCGCUUCUUCACCCCUGAAGGAGAAGUCGAUCUGUGCGGACAUGCGACGAUCGCGGCGUUCUCCAACAUGUCCCCGAACACGACGUACCUUAUGCACACGACCAAAUCAACGUUAUGUGUGUCCACCGACGCCGCCAGCCGCGUCACGAUGGACCAAGACCUUCCCGUAUUCCACGCUCCUAGCGUCGACAGCACCGCAUCGAUCCUGGCGUCGUUGGGUUUGCAUGCCGACGAUAUCGAUACUCAGCACCAUCCCAUGAUGGUAGUGUCCACGGGCCUACCCGACUUGUUUGUACGCGUGCGAACGCGCACCAUCUUGAUGGACAAGUUGCGGCCCAACAUGGAAUCGAUCGCGGCCGUGUCCAAGACCCUCGGCACGAUCGGGUAUCACGUAUAUACCCUGGAUGUCGACCCCAUCGGUACUCGUCUUAAUGAAGUCGAUCGUCGUUCCCACAGAGAUUCCCUAGACAGGAUCACAGCGGAAUGCCGCAAUUUUGCACCGCUGUAUGGCAUCGACGAAGAAGCGGCCACGGGCACGUCGUCUGGUGCAUUGGGGGCCUUCCUCUGCCACAUGAACAUACCCCAUUACGAGGAAGCUCAUGGGAACAUGGGAAGGCAUCGCAUGGUGUUCUCCCAAGGCCGAGGGAUGGGCCUGCCGUCACGAAUUGAAGCCAUCGUGACAGUCGACGGCGACACGAGUAGGAUUUCCCGCGUGUCCAUCGCAGGAAUCGCCGAGUCCUGCGGCAUGCAGAUGGUGUCGGUACUUCGACCGUGACAUGAGCCAACAAGUACUAUAACGUCAGUUUGUGCACAUCCAUGUACAGCACCUGCAACCCCGUGACGUGGCAAACAGUGCUUUGAGUCGAAGUUUCUAACGCUUCUGGUUGUG